AUGGCAAAAAAUUUUCCUGACUCGAAAAAACGUAAACACAGCAGGAUAGAUACGCUGGUUCAAAUGCCAGAAAACGUCAGUUUUCACAUUAAAAAUGGUAUUCGAUACUUGAAGCCAUACUGGAGUGUUUAUCGUACGUGGGCUAAAGGACGAUGGGUUGGACGUCGUUUGGUCGAUAUUUUUGCCGAAGAAUUUGUAUCAUUAAACCGGCAUUAUCCUGCAGCGGCGUGUAAAUUAGGUCGUAUUUGGGUAAAUUGUAAUCAGAUGACAAAUGUUAAUUACAUCGUGCAACAGAAUGAUUCGAUUGAACAUAUAGGACAUCGUCACGAGCAUCCCAUUUUGGAUCAUUACAUCAAAGUGAUCGAUAACGACAACGAUAUGUUGGUGGUGGAUAAGCCACCAAGUAUGCCGGUACAUCCAUGUGGCAGAUAUUCUGUACAUACAGUUUUGGGUAUGUUGCGGGAGCAACGAGGUCUUCGUGGUCUUAGAGUUGUGCACAGGUUGGAUCGUACAACAUCCGGUGUGUUAUUGUUUGCUAGAAAUGCUGAAACAGACACUAAACUAAAAAAGAUGUUACGUGUUGGUGAAAUAUGGCACAAGGAAUACAUCUGUAAAGUGGAAGGUGUCUUCCCAGGAGAUAAAGAGAUUGUUUGUGAUCGUCCCAUUGGACCACUUGUUGUUUCGAUGGGUAUCCAAUGCAUUCGUGAUGAUGGAAAAUCUGCUCGAAGCCGUUUCUGGCGUUUAUGGACAGAUGGUCAAACAUCAAUCGUUCGUUGUAUGCUAGAAACUGGUCGUACUCAUCAAAUCCGUGUUCACUUACAAUAUUUGGGUUAUCCAAUAGUGGAUGAUUACAUUUACAAUACUACUGCUUGGGGUGAAAAGAAAGGCAAGGAUGGAAAUUAUGGAAAGUCAUUAGAGCAGCUUCGAAAAGAUGUUCUGGAAGAGCAUAAAGCAUCUAACUGGCAUGAACGAGUAAAUUCUGAAUACGAGAUUAGAGUAAAAAGAAUUGCUGAAGGAAAGGUACAACCUGAGCCAGAAGGGCUAGAUACAGAAGCACGCCAAGAAUAUGACCCGAUAUGUAUGAAUUGCAACAUGAAAAAGAAAGACAUCACACCUGAACAUAUGAUGUUACACUUGCACUGUCUCAAAUAUCAGACCAGUGAGUGGAGUUAUUCUAGUGAGAUGCCAAGUUGGGCCAUUCAGCCAAAUGACAUUCGACACUCAGGGGACACUGUAGAAGAUCUCCCGCAAAAUAAGCACACGGUUCACAGUUAA